CUUACAGGAACUUUUCCAUUUCAUCCCAAAAUGUGUCUUGUUGGUUAAAAUCGGUUUCAUACUUAUUAACUUUAGAUCUCUCCUGUGAUUUGUCGAUACGGUAGUCGCCUAAAGUGUUACACAAUAGUAGCUACAUACUUUCACAUUUUUGUUAUAAUAACCGUAAAUAUCAUGGUAUAAUUUGAAAACAAUAAUAAGUUUUUUUUUGUUGGUAAUUGAAUUAUAUAUGUUAAACAUAUCAUGAUAGAAAUUUUCAGUUUAGAUCAUAUUUUUAAGUGCUUCUAAUCAUCCCACAUAACAUUAUGCUAUUAUGAAAAUAGAAAAAACUUUUAUAUUAAAAUACCCAACUGAUCACAUGCUAAUUAACGGUUAGCUAUCGCAUCUCUGUCGUCUGUGUGUCUCUCUCCCCUCACUUUAGUUUCUUGAAUAUUCUUAACGAGAUUAAUUAAUUUAUUUAUCAAAUGUAAAUAUAGUCCAACAGUGACCCAACCGACCCACUCUAGUCCAGUAUUUUGUGAAUAGUUUUUCAGUAUUCACUAAUUCGCGAUAACAAUUUCGUAAAUAAUUCUACCUCCCCCAAUAAUAAGCUAAUAAUUUCGUAAAUAAAUUCUUCCCCCGUAUUUGGUGCACCCACUGAGUGCACCCGCCUCAUAAUUGUCAUUCUGACCAUGCGAUUCAUGUCAAAACGGUAUCAAUUGUUGCUUAUGAUAUUAUGAACAAGAAGCACAUGAAUUUGAAAAAAAAAUCCUUCAAAAUUUACUUUAAUUCGAAGGAUUUACGGUUAGGGUUUAGGUUUACAAUUUGGGAUUUUGGGUUGGGAUUCAAAAUUGAAUGUUAAGGGGUUAGGGUAAUGGAUUGAUUUGUUAUGAUUCUAUGUCAUAUCAUCAUAUUAUAUUGAGAGUACUAAUUAAAAUUCAAAAUUUAAUGUAUUAUGGACGCUUUUAAAGUUGGGGCACUAAAAAGUGAGUGCACCGUAGCCACCCCAUAUAUAUAUAUAUACACACUUACAAGGCUAAUACAGCACAUCCCUCUCUUCUUCCGCUUCUAACACUUUGAAAUAGCAAAACACUCUCCUGAACUAGCUAGCUAGCUCGCAAUGGCCGCGCAAGAAGAAGCUGAAGCUGUCCAGAUGAAGCUCCACGGCGCGGCGAUGUCGGCCUGCACCGCCCGCGUCCUGACCUGCCUCCACGAGAAAGGCGUCGACUUCGAGUUCGUCCCCGUCGACCUCUUCUCCGGCGAGCACAAGCUCCCCCCUUUCCUCUCCAUCAGCCCUUUCGGCCUCAUCCCCGUUCUCCAGGACGGCGACCUCACCCUCUUCGAGUCCAGAGCAAUUACAGCAUACAUAGCGGAGAAGUACAAGGACACGGGCUCCGACCUCCUCCUGACACGUCACGAGGCUGGUCCCGCCGCCGCCGCGGCGGCGGCGGCGGCGGUGAAAGUGUGGACGGAGGUGGAGUCGCAGCACUUCAACCCGGCCAUCGCUCCGAUCGUGUACCAGUACUUCGUGGCGUCGAUGCAGGGCGGGUCGCCGGACCAGGCGGUGAUCGACGGCCACGCCGAGAAGCUGGGGAAGGUGCUCGACGUUUACGAGGCGAGGCUGGAGAAGAGCAAGUACCUCGCCGGAGAUUCCUACAGCCUGGCGGAUCUCCACCACGUGCCGUACACCUACUACCUCAUGAAGACUCCGGUGGCGGCCUCCGUCGUCGGCGGCCGGCCGCGGGUGAAGGCGUGGUGGGAGGAUAUCUCCGGGCGGCCGGCGUUUCUGAAAGUUGCCGAGGGGAUGGAGUUUGUUGGUAAAGAGAAGUGAAUUACUGUCCUGUGGAAUUAAUUAAUUAAUUAAUUAAUCGUACGGUUUGAUUCUACAAAUCGCAAUGUAUGUACGUUGAAUAUCAUCGUAUUAGCAGUUGGUUAUUCGAAACACUAAUAGUCGGUUUAAAGUAGCGACAUUAUUGGAGGUCUUGAGGAAUAUGAGGUUAGACAUCAGAUUGAUUUAUUUCCGUUUUGCGACAUAUUUCAAUCGUCAAUAAUAAGCCUCUUCUUCUAGAGCAAUGUACCAUUGAGACACUAGUAGUAGGCGGUUUAAAGUAGGGACAUUAUCGAAGGUCUUGAGGAAUAUGAGGUUAGAUAUCGAAUUGAUUUAUUCUCGUUUUGCGACAUAUAUUACAAUCGUCAAUCAUAGGCCGCUUCUUCUAGAGCAAUGUACCAUGGAGACGAGGACGAGAGCCUUGAUGAGUUCCGAGUCUCCAGUGAGGCUCUCUCAAUGGAAUGAGGUUAAAUAAUAUGAGGAUUGUUUUGAAAAUAUGAUGGCUCAUAUGAGGCAAAAAUUCAGAGCCAUCAUUGCAAGUGGCUAUUAGUUUGGGAAUUAGUUUUUAAAAGCUGGUUACAAUAAGAGUUUCUUUAAUUUUGGGAAUUCUUUUUGUAAAUUUGCCUGUUUUAUAUAUAAAAAAAAUUAUUAAGGAGAUAAGUUGCAGCUAGGGCUGCAAACGAGCCGAGUCGAGUUUUUGCUUAACUUGAGUUCGGCUCGUUUAUAAAUUUUUUAGCUCGAGUUCGGCUCGAACUCGAAUUUUGAUCAUCCAGCUCGAGCUCGGCUCGAUAGAGCUCGGUAAAUGCUCAUUAACACAGCUUGUCAAGCUAAGUACAAGCUCGGCUCAAAAUAAGCUUGAUUUGAAACCAUUCUUGCUGAAAAAUGUGUACAAAUAAGAACAUUAGAAAUUAAAAAUGAUAAAAAGAAGACUAGAAACUAAAAAUAACAUCUAACUUUCAUACACAUCCUUAUUAACAAGAUAAUUUUCAUGUUCAGAAGAGUAAUUAAUCCUUCCACUAGCUUUAAAUAAGCCAGCUCGCGAGCUUAACUCAACAAGCCACCGAGUCAAGCUAGCUCACGAGCUUAUCAAGCCGAGCAUGGCCUAGCUCAAGCUUGGCUCGUUUACUAAUGAGCCGGCUCGCGAGCCGGCUUGUUAAACAACGAGUCGAGUGUCGAACGAGUUUUUUUCGAUUCGACACUCCAGUUUGUAAGAAUAAUUGACAUUUAUCAAAAUUAUCACAAUAUACGUUGCUAUAAAACACGGUUAUUUCAACAUUUUGUUUUGUAAAUGUCGUUACAAAAUAUAUGUAUUAUGACUUUUUCUUUAUUAAUGACGUCAUACACUAAUCUUUUUGUAAAAUAUCUUUUAUCGACAAUCCAGACAAAUGACGGCACAACUAUUUAGCUUUCUCAUUUCAAAAACGCCGUGCCCGAAAAUGUCGUUACAAGGGUUCUUUUAUGUAAGUGCUAGUGUCGUUUCUUCCAAGCUAACAAAAAAUCAAGCAAAUUACAGGUACUAGCAGUAAAAUAAAGUGCAGAAAGUAAAAGCAGUAAAGAGAACAACAAGUAAACGGUGUAGGAAACCAUGAAGUAAAGAACGUUGUUUAUG